GGCUGCGCUGCGAAUCACAGCUGCACAACGAGCGCUGGAGGCGGCAGCUACAGCGGAGACCUGGGUUUCUCUCGUCCCCCCUCUCCUCCUUUUUUUUUUUUUUUCCUCCUCCUUCCCCUCCUUCCUCCCCCACUUCCCUCCCCUUCCCCUGCGCUGCCAGAGCCAGCGAAAACUCCCGUGCAAAGCCCAGCCACCGCCGCCAAAUAGCCAGUGCGCUCCCCGGCCGCCUGCUCGGACUGGAAAGUUGCGGCAGACUCCGGUGCUCCGCUGCCGCGGGGAGAAGGCUCCGGACUUACAAAACCCAGAGGGGGGCACGGGCUAGACGUUUCGCACCGUCCUUCCUCUUCCUGCACAGACCCGAAGGCAGCAUCUUUGUUUUGGUUUGCUUUUGCCCUUCCUGCUGCCGCUCCUUUCUCCUUGCGACCGGGUGUCCGAGCGCCGGGAGCUGCCGCAGCCCGCGGUGCGUCGCGAACGCUGCUACAAAAAGGCAGGAGACGUCCAGGCGGCCCCGGGUGCCGGCUCGUCCUUGGCUUUGCUGCUCCGGGCUGAAGAAGCCCCAGAAGCCGGGAGAAGGAGGCGGCGGCGGCGGUGGAGGGGGAGCAGAGGAAAGGAAGCGAGAAAGCAAAGCCAAAGUUGAUUUGGAAUAAGGGAGCGCGGCCAGCCCUCUGCCAGGCUGCGCGCUGGAGUGAGGUCUCCAGCCCCCUCCGCCGGGAGAGGUGCCCGCAAGACAGCGAUGGCCGGAGAGCUCAGCAUCGGAGCCGAGCUGCCCACUAGCCCCCUGGCCAUGGAGUAUGUCAACGACUUCGACCUGAUGAAGUUCGACGUGAAGAAGGAGCCCCUGGGCAGGAACGACCGCUCGGGCAGGCACUGCACCCGCCUGCAGCCUGCCGGCUCCGUCUCCUCCACCCCCAUCAGCACCCCCUGCAGCUCCGUGCCCUCCUCGCCCAGCUUCAGCCCCACCGAGCAGAAGACCCACUUGGAGGACCUGUACUGGAUGGCCAACAGCUACCAGCAGAUGAACCCCGAGGCGCUGAACCUCACCCCAGAGGACGCUGUUGAAGCCCUCAUUGGGUCCCACCAGGUGUCCCAGCAGCUGCAAGGCUUUGAGAGCUUCCGGGCCCACCACCACCACCAUCACCACCAUCACCAACACCACCACCAGUACCCUGCGGUCACUCACGAAGACCUGACCGGCAGCGGGCACCCUCACCACCACCACCACCAUCACCACCAGGCCUCUCCCACUCCCUCCACCUCCUCCAGCUCCUCCCAGCAGCUCCAGAACUCGCACCAGCAGCAUCCCCCCUCCAGCAGCGUGGAGGACCGGUUCUCGGAUGACCAGCUGGUCUCCAUGUCCGUGAGGGAGCUCAACAGGCACCUCCGAGGCUUCACCAAAGAUGAGGUGAUCCGCCUCAAGCAGAAGAGGAGGACCUUGAAGAACAGGGGCUAUGCCCAGUCCUGCAGGUAUAAACGUGUCCAGCAGAAACAUCACCUGGAGAACGAAAAGACCCAGCUCAUUCAGCAGGUGGAACAGCUCAAGCAAGAAGUGACCCGGCUCGCCAGAGAGAGAGAUGCCUACAAGCUCAAGUGUGAGAAACUUGCCAGCAACGGCUUCAGAGAGGCUGGCUCCACCAGUGACAACCCGUCUUCCCCUGAGUUCUUCAUGUGAGUGCUUAACAAAAAUAAUUAAAAAACAAACAAAAAAACCCCACCCCCCAAACCUGACCCCGUCACCUUCCCCCCCGCUCCCAUCCUCCUCUGACAUCUCCAUCCAUCUGUCUGCUUGACUAGAGAGAAAGAAGGAGAGAAAAAUAGAGACUUGAUUUUUUUUGCAGCAUCCAGUCUUCUAGAGUAGCUGUGGGAAAAGUAGGCUGGGGGUGGGGACGGGAGAGGUAAAGUGCAACUUUUUGACUUUCGUUUGCGAGUUAGAGAGAGGGACAGAGGCAGAGGCAAAGGCAAAAAGGACAAGUGAAGCAUUUUAUAGAUUGCUUGCUUGCAGAACGAGAUGGACUUUAAGAGAAUAAUAAUAAAAAAGGACAAUGAACAAGCCAUCUAUAACAUACUGCCUGCUUGGAAAGAGAGAGGACAUAUACAGCACCAUCUCAUGCACAAUUUCCCUGCUUGGAAAAAGAGAAUAAAUAAAAAGGACAAUAUAUGCAAACUCUUCAUAUAUUGCCUGCUUUGAGAAGUAAGUUACAGGACUCAGAUGGGACGUUCAAUCUAAGAAAGGAAAGAAAGAAAGAAAGAAAGAAUGAAUGAAAGAAAGAAAGAAAAAAAACUCAUCAGUUUUAUUGCCUGCUUGAUUAUAUAGAAAAAUACGAAAAUCUGCAUUAAAAAUAUUAAUCCUGCAUGCUGGACAUGUAUGGUAAUAAUUUCUAUUUUGUACCAUUUUCUUGUUUAACUAUAGCAUGUUGAUCAUCGAUCAUAGAUUUCUGUUGUUGUUUUGUUUCAUCAAUAAGAAAAGCAUCACAAGUUAUCAAAGUUUUUACUGCUUGUGCAGUUUUGUUCGUUGGUUUUGCUCUCUUAUUUUCUUUUAUGGUUGUUAGCUUGUAAAUAUCUGCUACUUCAAACCUCACAGGAGAGAAAAAAAAAACAACAAAAACAAAAUAACAUUUCAGCAGGCUGGUUAUACGGUUUGUUUGGUAUUAAAGAGAUACUUAAGGAAAAAGUUAUGGGCAUUUUGCAUUAGAAAAAAACCCAACUUUGUAUAUCUGGUGCACUUUUAAGUUGUUUUGGUUUUUUUUUGUUGUUUGUUUUAGUUUUCAUUUUGGUUUUUGUUUGUUGGGGCAGAAGCAAAAACGCCUGAAUGGCAUUGACAAACCUAAACUUAACAGGGAAAAACUCUCAUCGGUCACUAGAGCCUACUCCGUGCUUUAAAGUGGCAGCGAAGCUCUUUCCUUCAGGACAUUUCCCAGCCUGGAGUGGUUAGGCUUGGCCAUAUAGUUUCCCUUCUGAUUGUACACUCAGGAAGCGAAGGACGGACGAGAUACCAGUUCCUUUUAAGAAACAACUGCCCCUUGAUUUUCGGUAAAUAAAGAAAAGAAAAAAAAAACCUCCUCCUGGUUACGAGUCAAGUUGCAAUAGCAGCGAGGGCUCGGUGUCGCCACUGAAGUUAGGUUUCUCGAUGGUAGCAGCAGAUGAGUGGGCUGGAAAAGCAUAUAAAACUAAACCUUUUUUUUAAGAAGACAUACUGCAACUUUUAAGUGUAUUCUUUUGCGAUGAUUUGUAAUCUGCUUCUCUGCUUCCCUAUGCAGCGAGUGAAAGUUUUAGCCAAAAUUUAUUUGCAGUUGUAUAGUAGUAGUAGUUUGGAGUCUUAUGGGUGUUUUUAUUACUUUUUUUUUUUCCUCCUGCAGGUCAGUAAAAGGAUUUACGUUGCACUGACAAAAAUACCAAAAUGAAAACUUAUUUUUUAGUUUCCUUUUAGGAUAGCUGGCACUGCUGGCCGGAUGCAUUUUAAGUUUGUAUUAGUUUAUAAAUUAACAGUAAUAACAAGAUUGUAAUGAACAGCAUGGUGCUUGCAGUUUUAAAUAUUGUGGAUAUUAGUCAUGCAUCAGAAAACGAUCUUUGGUUUUUACUGAUUCAACUGUGUUGAAAUCAAAAACAUUGCAGCAGCGGAAAAAAAAUGUUUUUAUUUCAUGUAAAGUUCUGAAGGGAUCAAUUUCAAAUCCUGCUUAUGAUAUGAAAAAUAUUAAAAAACCUGGUCUAUUGUAGUUUUAUUCAGACUGGUUUCUGUUUUUGGUUAUUAAAAUUGUUUCCUAUUUUGCUUAUUAAAAUCAUUGAAAUGGCA